GUUUACGAUCCCGAUAUUUACCUAACGCUGUUUGCUCUUCAUUGGCCAAUCAAUUGCUUAUCUUUUCCUACCUUAUCUAUAUUAGCGGCGAGACCGAAGUCAACUUGGAAGGCUUUUAGGAAUGUGCAAUGUCUUAGCCACAUGCACCCGGUAAGAUGAUGAGGUAGGCGGGUAGAUACCUUUCUAGGUGGUUCAGGUGCCCAGUCAGUCAGGCGAGUGCCCGGCACCUAGGUGCCUAGUAGUGUGGGGGAGUCCUUGAGAGCUGGAAACGUACCUAUUUCGUUGUUGGUCGCAAGGGUCCAAGGUUAUCAGCCAUGGCAGCACGAAAAGGAUUAAUAUCGUUGACAAGCUUGAAGGAUGUAAUACUUUUCUCUUCCUUACUUCGAUCUUGUUAUCUUGGCUCAGAAAAUUUUUCUUAUUUGCUUCUAGUCCCUGCUAGAUAGUCUUUUCCAAUCUCCUAAUAUCGCUCGUUUACUUGUGGUUCGACUAUCUAGAGUUUCGACGUAAGAUGCUUGACGCCCGCAAGCCGAACUUAAAUAUCCUGUUUCUGGCCUAAGUACCUGUCCUGUUCGGCGGUCGCGUCAUGAGCAGAUCCUUCACACGUGUCUAAACCUUGGGAAGUUCUCAUUACUCGAAAAUUACCUAACAAGACGGAAACGGAAACUUAUUCGACUCCUCCCCUAGGCCGAGUAUUGGCCUCGUUUUCACCAUGGAGAGGCUUCACAAUUCAAAGCUUAGUUCAUGGGCAGAAAAGAUUGCCGUGGACAAUGAAGAUGGUCUCACCACGGCCCAGUUGAUGUUAACAAAUCAUGAUCUUAAGCCUGUCGAGCCUGAACGUCGCCAAUGGGGGGCAUGGAACUUUGUGGGCUUUUGGAUUGCCGAUUCCUUCAACAUCAACACCUGGAUGAUUAGCUCGUCAAUGAUCGUAGGCGGGCUCUCUUGGUGGCAGUCGUGGCUUUGCGUGUGGAUCGGGUACUCCAUUGCUGGCUGCUUCAUCUGUAUGACCGGUCGCAUUGGUGCGAUGUACCAUAUUGGAUUCCCAGUCGUGAACCGCUCGAGCUUUGGGAUAUGGGGCUGCCUUUGGCCCGUGUUCAAUCGUGCCGCUAUGGCUUGCAUUUGGUACGGGGUUCAAUCCUAUAUCGGUGGGGAAUGUGUGUACCUGAUGAUCCGAUCUAUCUGGCUCAGUUGGGACCGCGAUCGCAUUCCAAACUCGUUUUCGCCUGACUCGGGGACCACUACCGCUGAUUAUGUUUCUUUUUUCAUCUUCUGGCUCGUGUCUCUACCGGCCAUUUGGUUUCCCGUGCACAAGAUUCGACAUCUUUUUACCGUCAAGGCCUACUUUGUACCCUGUGCCGGCGUCGCCUUCUUGAUCUGGGCUUUAGUUCGCGCUGGCGGACCGGGCCCUAUCGUUAGGAAAGGUGCGACGGUAGAGGGUACUGACCUUGCUUGGCAGUUCAUCAAGGGGGUUAUGAGUUCCAUCGCGAACUUUGCAACUCUCAUCGUCAACGACCCUGAUUUCUCUCGUUUCUCAAGCAAGCCACGUGAUGCACUUUGGUCACAGCUUUUCACAAUUCCUAUCGGGUUUGCUGUAACCUCCUUGAUCGGUAUACUGGUCUCAUCUAGCUCGGUCAUCAUCUAUCCCGGAACCGAUCCAAUCUGGGAUCCCCUUAAGCUGUUGGAGAGGUUCAUUGACGACGGUGGUUCUGGUCAGCGCUUUGGUGUAUUCGUUAUCGCCCUUGCUUUUGCGCUGGCUCAAUUAGGAACAAACAUUGCGGCCAACUCGGUUUCGGCCGGAACCGACAUGACGGCUCUGCUCCCGCGAUUCAUUAACAUUCGGCGUGGCGGUUAUAUAUGUGCUCUUGUUGGCUUGGCCAUGUGUCCCUACACCCUACUUACGUCGGCAAACCAAUUCACAACAUACCUCUCGUCUUAUUCGGUCUUCCUCAGUUCAAUCGCCGGCGUCAUGUGCAGCGACUAUUAUUUCGUCCGCAAAGGCUACCUUGAAAUCAGGGAGCUGUAUGACGCUCGCAAGACCGGACCGUAUUACUAUGCCUAUGGUUUCCACUGGAGAGCUUACGCAGCAUAUAUCAGUGGUAUCCUUAUUAAUGUGGUUGGUUUCGCUGGUGCCGUAAAUGGCGGCAACGUCCCUAUAGGGGCAACGUACAUUUACAACUUCAAUUUCUUCUGCGGCUUCAUCAUCUCCGCGGGAAUGUACUGGAUUUUGUGCAAGCUAUCUCCCAUCCCAGCUUGCAGCGAUACUUGGAUGGAAGUGGGCGAUCAGAUCGACGAAGUCAGACUGGCGUACGAUCAAAGUAGCCAGCAAGAAGAAGAGUUUGAAGAGGACGCGGCUCUGGGUAAUAAGUACGACAAGAACCACCAGAAAACGGUAUAAAAAUGAGGACGAGCUAUUUUUUGUUAAUUACUUAGAUGUCAGGUAUCACAUUGACGUGUUUUUGGCAUUGGGUUAGGUAGGUGUUCAUUCACACGGCGGAUCUGACACUGGCUUCAAUGUUGUCAUCAUAUCUAGGAAUGGGUACUGUGUGUGUAUAUGAUAAAAGUCUAGGUAAUGAAAAAUCAGGACAUUCAAUAUCUAGGUAUUAUGGAUGUCUUAUUUUAUUCGUUCUUGCUCAUUAAAAUACCUAGACGUAGAUAUGGACGGUACCUUCCUUGUAAGCACGGUUAGGUGCUAGGUAUGUGCAAAGUGCACUUAUGACGGGUACGGUACUUCAGGUGGUACAGCCUGAUCUGUGCGCU